AUAAAUAGACGCCCAGCUCCCAGGACGUCCUAGCUGUCCGACUGAUCUCUGAUCUGCUCCCUCCUCUCCUCCCUGUGCGUAAACUCAAACGAUCGUAAGGCAAAAUGACUGACAUGAUUGUGAAGAAUAUGUCCCUGAAGGUGGGCCACACGGUGACCAUCACCGGGGUCCCAAAGGCGGGUGCUGAACGCUUUGCUCUGAACAUCAGCUCGGGGGCCGACCACGCGCUCCACAUGAACGUGCGGUUCACCGCCCACGGAGACGAGAGGGUGGUGGUCUGCAACUCCUACCAGGCGGGGGUCUGGGGGGCCGAGGUCCGCCAGGGGGGGUUCCCCUUCAACUACGACGAGCUCUUCAAGUUCACCAUCACCCUGACCCCUGAGGAGUUCCUGGUGGUCCUGAGUGACGCCUCUGAGAUCCACUUUCCCAACCGCCUGGGGGCGUCCAAGUACAUGGACUUCUCCUUCAACGGGGGCGUCCUCGUCCGCGGCUUUGAGAUCAACUAACCCCCACCUGGCCCCUCCUUCAAUCUGGUUGCCUUUGGCUAAGCAGAGAUGUGAUGAUAGCAGCCCUGUGGAGCCCCGUCCUCUGCCCACAGCAGACCGGUUCACGCUACAUUAUCGUCCGACAUUCCUGUGUUGCAUUCUUGUUGCAAUGCUUUUUCUGCAAUCGUAAACCAAUGUAUAUUAAAAAUGCUUUUUAUAGCAACGACAAUCAGCAUCGGGUCAUUUAUUGAUCAAGGUGGC